CAUUUUGAUAACGAUAAUGUCGUAAAGCAAAUAUCCUUAAAUGGUUAUUAAUUAAUCUUGAUUUAGUCUUAUGUGCACCUUUAGGACCUUUAGGAUGUGAUUUAAAAAUCCGCAAUAUAUAUAUUUUUUUUUUUUACUUAUAAUUAUCGUAAUAAUGCCAUCACCGUGUAAAAGAUGUGGUGAAAAAUAUAUAUACACACAUAAUGCAAACAAUGAAUGGUGUAAACCAUGUCAAAUAAAUGAUUUAAAAAAUAAAUUUUUAAGUUGGAGCGAUAAUGAAAAAAUUGAUGAUUUUAUUCAAGAAAUGCAAAAUAAAAUUGUUGAUUAUCAUGAUAUAAUAUUCGAAUGGAUACCUUUUAAUCAAUUUAGAGAUAUUAAAGAAAUAGUUAAAAAUGAUUUUAUUACAUUUUAUUCAGCAAUAUGGGAAGAUGGUCCAUUGAAUUAUGAUAAUAAUGGAUAUGAGAGGAAACGAAAUAAAAAAGUCUUUUUAAAGUGUUUAUAUAAUUCAUUAUAUAUUAUUAAUGAAUUUUUAAAUGAGGUUAAAACAUAUUCAAUUAAAAAACAAGGUGAUAUUCCUAAAAUAUUUGGAAUAUCUCAAGAUCUAGAUACUAAAGAAUAUAUUAUGGUUCUUGAUGAUGAAUAUUGUGAAAAAUGUGACGAAUCUUUAGAUGAAUAUAGGUGGUGUAAAUCAUGUCAAAUAAAUUAUUUAGAAAAAAUUUUUACUAAUUUGAGUGGGAACGAAGUAAUUGAUGAUUUUGUUCAUGGGAUGCGAUUAAAAAUGGAAAGUUCUUAUGAAUCAGUAUUUGAAUGGAUACCAUACGAUCAGUUUGAUGAUAUUAAAGAAAUAAGUAAAGAUAAUUUUAAUACAAUAUAUUUGGCAAAAUGGAGGGACGGCCAAUUAUACUACCAUGAUAGAUGGUUUAGAAAGCCGGAUAGCAAAAUCAUUUUAAAAUAUUUGCAUAAUUCACAAAAUUAUACUACCGAAUUUUUAAAUAAUGAGGUUAAAGAUUAUUCAUUAGAUAAACUUGAUGGAGUUCUUGGAAUAUCUCAGGAUCCAAGUACAAAUGAUUAUAUUAUAGUUUUUCAAUAUUAUCAUUGUGAAAAAUGUGGAAAACGAUAUACUAAUGGGCAGGAUAUGAACUUUAAAUGGUGCACAUCAUGUCAAAUAAAUUAUCUGGAAAAAAAUUUUACAAACUGGUCAAGUGGAAAUGAAGAAAUUGAUGGUUUAAUUCAAAAAAUGCAAUUAAAAAUCGAUAGUAUGUUUGAUAAAGUAUUUGAAUGGAUCCCAUAUAAUCAGUUUAGUAAUAUUGAUGAAGUAGAAGAAGGUGAAUUUUCAGCAAUAUGGAAAGAUGGUCCAUUAAUAUUUGAUUAUGAUAAAAAGGAAUGGAUAAGAAAAUCAGAUAAAAAAGUCGGUUUAAAAUAUUUAUAUGAUUCACAAAGUAAUAUUGGUGAAUUUCUAAAUGAGGCUAAAGCAUAUUUAGAAGAUGAAUUGGAAGAUAUUGAAAUACAUGGAAUAUCUCAGGAUCCAAAUACAAAUGAUUAUAUUAUUGUUCUUUGGCAAAAUGAUUCUUAUGAAUCUUGCGAAAAAUGCGGUGAAGAAUAUUUAAAUGAAUUUAAUGAAGAUAAUAAAUGGUGUAGAAAAUGUCAAAUGGAUGAAAUAAAUAAUAAUUUUUUGGAUUGGAGCGGUGAUGAAAGAAUUGAUAAUUUCAUUCAAGAAUUACAAUAUAAAAUUGAUGAUCCAAUUAAUAAUAUAAUAUUUGAGUGGAUACCAUAUAACCAGUUUAGCAAUAUUAAAUUAAUAGGUGAAGGCGGUUUUGCCGUAGUAUAUUCAGCAAUAUGGAGAGAUGGUUUAUUGAAAUAUAGUAAUAAUAAAUGGACAAGAACAUCUAAUACAAAAGUUGCUUUAAAAUAUUUACAUAAUUCACAAAACAUUAGUGAUGGAUUUUUAAAUGAGGUAUAAAAUUCAUUUUAUGAGUUUAUAUUUUGUAUUUUUUUUAUUUAUUUAAAAACAUUUUU